UGCUUUCACUAACACCCCAAAAAAGAACAAAAUACCCAAGUUAGAAAGCUAAAAUCACCCACCCAAGAACCAGAUGCUUGCUAUAUCUUUGCAUUCUAAAUGUUACAAUACCUUUGUCAGAUACACAUCCAUCUCCCCUUGAAACCCUAAACCUACUCCAUACUCCUACCCAAAAACCCAUCUCCCCAAAACCUCCCCAAAAGGCCAAAACAAGGCCUAAUAAAGAAAACCCAAAAAGAAGAAAAGAUUAUUGGAGACUCCAACCUCAAGCACUUCUCUCAAAGCCAUCUCUCUCUCUCUCUCUCUCUCUCUCUCCACAAAACAAAAAACAAAACACAUGCUCCUAGAUGCACUGAAACCUCCUAUCUUUUCUCCAUUUACUACAUCUUCUCCAUUCAACUUAGUUUCCUACUCUUUCUUCACAUCUCCAACAAGAAGAAGAAUUCCUAGGCAAGAUGAUCACUCUAUCGGACUUCUACCAUGUCAUGACUGCCGUCGUUCCACUCUACGUGGCCAUGAUCCUCGCCUACGGCUCCGUCAAAUGGUGGAAGAUCUUCUCCCCCGAUCAAUGCUCCGGCAUCAACCGCUUCGUCGCCCUCUUCGCUGUUCCACUUCUCUCCUUCCACUUUAUCUCCACUAACGAUCCUUACACCAUGAACAUACGUUUCAUCGCCGCCGACACUCUCCAGAAACUGAUCGUCCUCGCCAUCUUAGCCGUCUGGAGUAAAGUAAGCAAGAAAGGCUGCUUGGAGUGGACCAUCACACUCUUCUCACUCUCAACUCUUCCAAACACCCUAGUCAUGGGAAUUCCACUCCUUAAAGGGAUGUAUGGCGACUUCUCCGGCAGUUUGAUGGUCCAGAUCGUUGUCUUGCAGUGUAUUAUCUGGUAUACUCUCAUGCUCUUCAUGUUCGAGUAUAGAGGCGCUAAGUUACUCAUCACCGAGCAGUUCCCAGACACGGCUCGCUCCAUCGUCUCCAUCGCCGUUGAUUCUGAUGUAAUGUCACUUGACGGCCGAGAGAUGCUGCAGACUGAUGCAGAGAUUAGAGAAGAUGGGAAGUUGCACGUGACGGUCCGGAGAUCCAAUGCAUCGCGGUCGGAUAUUUAUUCGCGACGGUCUCAGGCAACCCCACGCCCAUCCAACCUGACUAAUGCUGAAAUAUACUCGCUGCAGUCGAGCCGGAAUCCAACGCCGAGGGGUUCCAGCUUUAAUCACAUGGAUUUCUAUUCAAUGAUGGCAGGGGGACGAAACUCCAACUUCGGUCCAGCGGAAGCGGUUGGAUCAAGGGGUCCAACGCCAAGGCCGUCCAACUACGAAGAGGAAGGCAGCACCAACAAGUCUAGAUUCCAUUACCAUACUGCAGCAGCAGGUGGUGGGGCUCACUACCCGGCUCCGAAUCCAGGGAUGUUUUCUCCUACAGGCUCUAAGCCCUCCGCAACCACUACUGCUGCUGCUAAAAGGACUAAUGGUCAGGCAGCAACGAGAGCGGAUGAAGGGACGAAAGAUCUCCACAUGUUUGUGUGGAGCUCGAGUGCAUCCCCGGUUUCAGAUGUGUUUGGGAAUCAAGAAUAUAUAGGAGGGGCCACUGCCACUGGUGCUGCCACCACCACAGAUGCUCCUGUCAAGGAAGUAAGAAUGGCAGUAUCUCCAGGAAAAGUUGAGGAUCGCGGCGGAGAGCGGCACGGAGAGUAUUUGGAGAGAGAUGAAUUUAGCUUUGGAAAUAGAGUGGAGCAAGAAGGAGAUGUCUAUGGGAAAAAUAAGAGCGGCAGCGGUAGCGAGAAAGGUAAGGCAUUGCCGCCGGCGAGUGUGAUGACACGGCUAAUUCUGAUAAUGGUGUGGAGGAAGUUGAUCAGGAACCCUAAUACAUACUCGAGCUUGAUUGGCCUAACUUGGUCUCUGGUCUCCUAUAGGUGGCAUGUUAGCAUGCCUGCCAUUAUAGCGAAGUCCAUUGCUAUACUGUCGGAUGCAGGUCUUGGAAUGGCCAUGUUCAGCUUAGGGCUGUUCAUGGCAUUGCAGCCAAGGAUCAUAGCAUGUGGCAAUUCAAUUGCAACUUUUGCAAUGGCCGUGAGAUUCCUUACAGGGCCAGCUGUUAUGGCAGCAGCUUCCAUUGCUGUUGGAUUGCGAGGCGUUCUCCUCCAUGUCGCCAUUGUACAGGCAGCCCUUCCUCAAGGCAUUGUACCCUUUGUCUUCGCAAAGGAAUACAACGUACACCCAGAUAUUCUCAGCACCGCGGUUAUUUUUGGGAUGCUAAUUGCAUUGCCCAUAACACUGGUUUAUUACAUUUUACUUGGGCUGUGAAACAAAAACCAUCAUCAGAGUUGCCACUUCCGCCCCAAAAACUGCAAUUUCGGAGAGCUGAACGAGAUGAAUGAAUCCGAUUCAAGUGUUUGGAUGUUGCAUCCGAAAUGGGUAUUUUAGAAAAUUGUAAAAUGAUGUGUUAGUGAGUUGUUAUCUUUGAUUUGUCAUGAUCUCUCUAUUCUCUUCUAUGUCAAUGCUUUAUUAUAGAUAGAAUAUGGAAAAGAUAGAGAGAAUGAAGAAAGAGAAGUUAAAAAUGUUUAAGGUUUUUUAUGACA